AACACAUGAGGCAGCGCACCCUGCUGUGCACAGCUGACUGGGAGAAGAGUGGCACAGAGAGAGGACGAGAGGCAAAAAGACAAGAAGACAGAGAAGCAGUGGGAAAAGAAUUGCGAAAACAUGGUGCGCUCAUGUGAACAAGAGACUCCUGGCUGGGUCUGUGUGGGCACCCUGCUCUUCUUCAUGUACUUCCACUCUGUCACAGUCAGCGGAGCUCCCCUGAAGCAAGAGACGUUGGAUAUUGGUGUCACGGUUCUUAAUCACUCCAUGAGUUUGGUGCAUCGUAUGGAGAACCUUCUGGCUAUGGGCAACAGUAGUGAUGUCAGUCUGCGAGUGCACACCAUUAACACAGAUGAGGUGAAAGUGAUUCAAGCCCACAGUCUGGUUCUCAGCCUGCAGAGUGAUGUGUUUGAGGAACUGCUGCUCAGUCGCAAUAAUAGUGCUCUGGUUUUGACUGAAACCCCUGAUUGUGCUGCCGCCUUUGACAAGUUUAUCAGGUACUUGUACUGUGGUGAUAUCUCAGUACGACUAGAUCAGGUCAUACCUCUGCACAAGCUGGCCAGCAGGUACCACGUGUGGGGCUUGCAGCAAGGUCUGACCCAAUAUAUGACUCAACACCUUUCCAGUGAUUCACCCGCAGGCCAUGUGGUGAGCUGGUACAGCUAUGCACUGCAAAUUGGGGACGCAACCCUGCGGGACAGUUGUCUGCAGUACCUGUCCUGGAAUUUGUCUUCUGUGCUGCAGAGCGGAGAAUGGGACUCCAUCGGUGAAGACCUGCUUCUGUCCUUGCUUCAGCGCUCUGACCUCAUUCUGCAGAGCGAGCUGGAGCUCUACGAGGCCCUGGAGGGCUGGAUUAACAAAAACCAGCCAGUUACCCAAACUGUGGAAAGUGCGCUAAGAGCUGUUCGAUAUGGCAUGAUUCCUCCUCAACAUCUCUUCCGUCUUCAAAAGCAGUCUGUCCUCAUGGUGAAGUAUUAUGAGUCCAUCCGUGAUCUCCUAUAUCUAGCCUUCCAGUUCCAUUCUGCCUCACCUAUUCAGCUGGCCAAGUACUUUGAUGUCAACUGCAGUAUAUUCACUCCCCGUAACUACUUGUCCACCUCCUGGGGUUCACCGUGGAUCAUCAAUAACCCCACUCGUGAUGACCGCAGUUUCAGCUUCCAGACCCAGCUGGGUCCCAGUGGCCAUGACUCCAGUAAGAGAGUGACAUGGAAUGCCCUGUUCUCCCCUCGCUGGCUGCCGCUUAGUGCCAGGUCGACUUAUACCGAACUUGGUGCCAUGCAGCCCACCCGCACAGAAGCAGGUCGACCUCGCAUCAUUGUAACACCGGCCACCUCCAGCCCAGACUUUGCCGGAGUAAGUUUCCAGAAAACUGUUAUUGUGAUGGCAAAACAACAAGGAAAGGUGGUCGUCCGCCAUGUCUACAACUUCCACCAAAGUACAGAGGAGGCUGGGGAUUUCUUGGUGGAUGCUGACCUGCAGCGUCGCGCAUCUGAAUAUCUAGUCGACAGCUCCCUCUACUUGCACGUUGUAAUCAAACCUCUCUACCACACCCUUCUAGUUGCCAGGAAGUAAAAGCAGGAAUUUACCAUGACCUCACCAUCAGUUAUCC